AUGUCAGAUGAAGAAUAACCACAAUGUGAUUAUCACAAAUUUCUUAAUCAACUUCAAACUGUUAAAAAAAUGGAUGACGUUGAAGUCUUGGAUUCAAGUGAUGAAUUCUAAAUGGAAAAAAAUGAGACUCAAUACAGUUAACAAAAUAUUUACCAUUCAGGACUGGAUGAAUUUGUUAUUCCACCUAAAGAACAGGACUCAGUUUCUAUAGAUACUAAGCCAUACGAAAGUACAUAAAUUGUUAAACCGAAGAUUCAGCCUGUCUAAUUACCUCCUUUAUCGAAAAAGAUAAACAAAGCUAUGGAAAGAAAAUUUUGUUUUAAGAAUGUGGAAAUCAAUUAAUAGUUGUUAAAAUACGAGACUGUUUUUUAUGAAAUUGAAAGUUAUAUUGAUGAAAAUGAUAAGGCACUUGUUACAAGAUAAUAUUCUGAUUUUGAGUGGCUUUUCGAAGAGCUCGUUGAAAACUUCCCAGGUAUCAUUAUACCUUCAAUCCCUUAAAAGAACAUGUUGGCUAAAUUCAACAUAACAGGCUAUACUAAUUCUAUUAGAUCAUAGCGAUAAAAGGGUCUUGAAGAAUUUUUAAGAAAAACUCUGAGUCACUUAUAAUUAAAGGAUUGUGAAAUUAUUGAAAAAUUUAUGACCUUAUAGGAUUAGGACUUCAAAAAACUGGUACAGAACUAUCAAGCAUAAAAACAAUAGAAACUAUCGAUAAAUGUCAGUAAAAAUAUGGUUGUAAAUGCAUUUGGAAAAAUUGGAAAUAUAUUCUUUAAUCCACAAAACAACGACAACGAAAUGGAAAAAUAUUGCUAAAUUGCUGUAUAGGAAAUCAAUAUCUAGAAGGUUAAGAUCAAGAAUAUUAGGGAUUAAUUAGAAAAGACAUUUCUAAAUAAAUUUGAACAGAGCAAACAAUUUAUGAAAUUGUCUACUCUUUUUGACGAGAUCCAGAAUGAUAUUGGGUAUAAAGAGCAUAUGAAUACGAAAUGCGAAACAAUAUCAAUAGCAUUAAGAGACUCCUUUGCUAGUGUAAUGCCAAUAAUCUACACGAUUGAUUAAUACUUAUUAGACAUGGAAGUAGUUUUGAAUAUUGUUAAAUAUAGAGCUGAUUUACAAUAAUCGAUAACUGAUCAUGCAGCUGCUUUGACUAGUGCCAAAUACGCUCCUGAGUAAUAAGCAUUGAUUUAGACAUAAUUGAACGAUCAUUAAAAAAACAUGAGUAAAUUUGUGGAGAACUUCAAAAAUGAAUAUGAAACAUUUACUGAUCAAUACAACAAACAUUUUAAUAAGAUGAUGUAGACAGUAUUAUAGGUGUGGCAGCAAAUAAAUACUCAAAUGUAAGAAACUUGGCUUUGA